AUGGUGGACGAUAGUCACCAGAAGACUGCCUUGGGCGUGGUUGUGGCCUUCCCCGUACUCGGGGGAAUCGCAGUGCUGCUGCGAAUCUGGAGCCGCUACUUGACUCGGUCGCGCUUGGGAGCAGGAGAAGAUGAUACCCUUAUUGUGGUUGGAUAUAUUCUUGCCAUCGGGCAAUCAAUCACCUCCUGGUAUUAUAUUAAGACAAACUAUGUGGGAAUUCAUAUCUGGGACAUCCCAAAGAAUUAUGACAUCAAGCUAGGACUCAUUUGGAACUUUGCGAAUCAACUAAUCUACAAUCCUUGCCUCACAAUGGUGAAGCUGUCCAUCCUCGUGUUUCUGCGUCGCCUCGAAUCACAAUCGCGGCUCGUUAACCUUCUCAUAUGGUCCACCAUGUUCAUUACGGUCGCAUUAUUCAUCGCGGUCCUAGUGGUGGAUAUCUUCCAGUGCAGUCCGGUCGCCUACGUCUAUGACCUUUCCAUCUCAAACGGAUCCUGCAUCAAUCAGGGGGCGUUCUACGUGGCGACGGCGGCAACUUACCUCUUCACCGACGUGCUUGUUCUGUCGAUUCCUAUCAUAAUUACCUGGGGUUUACAAAUGCCACUAAGAAGGAAGGCUGCUGUCUGCGUGGUGCUCUGCAUGGGCGCAGUAGCAACCGGGGUGGGAGUCUGGCGGAUAGUUCUCCUCGCUCAAGGCUUCUUUCCAGCUCACCCGGUGUACGAUGCCACCUAUUCCAUUGGCUUCUGUAGCUCUGCGGUAGAGGUCCAUGUCGCCGUUCUGGCUGCAUGUGCCCCUUGUCUCAAGGCCAUUGCCAGUACCUACUUGCCUCGUCUGCUGGGCUCAUCACGUCGAGCCACCUACCCUUCAACCGGUCGCCAGUACAUUCCCAAUUCCACCGCAUCGUACUCUCGUCGAUCUCAUGUCAAGAUCUCGGCUCCUCGUGGCGAUACCUCGGUCGCAUUCGAGAUGAGAGAGAUGCGAAAAUACCAUCCCUACGCGGAAGCAGAUGAUACCAGCCUCAGUAGUGAGGACGGCGCACCGCCGAGAGGCAUUGUAAAGACUACGGCGAUCUCGGUCCGAUACACGGCGGACUCCAACUCGGAACAUGGCGGGCAAGGGAUCAGAGAAGGAAGCGUAGAGCGCUUGGUUUAG